AUGAAGUCAACCGAUGAAGCCAAUAUACGAGGUUCUGAAGCUCGGGUCGCGUUCGUUGAUUUAAGACGUCUAUGGUGGCUUAGCGGUACGCGUAUGGAUCUCAAGGGACAUGUGUAUCAGGCUAAAGUGCCAGCUGCUCACUUAACCGGAAUCGGACCGUUUCGAAAAUGUCACGAGUUUUUACCUCAACCUGUGAAAAAUAAUGUCAGUUUCCCCCAGGUCAUAGUUGCAAAAUCACAUCACAUCAAGCAAUCGUUGAGCAUUUUCGAAGUCAAACAACUGACGUUGUGGGGAACCAUAGCCCACGACUGGUUCCGUCCUUCUUGGGGCUCAUCAGGUAGGCGCAAUCCCAGAGGUUCCGUCAACCUUAUGUUCUACUCGAACCCAAAUUGGACUCAUUUACAUCUCAAUUUGGUUUCCACGAGAGACUCAACUGAAUCUCUCGUUUGUGAUAUUCUUCAACUGAAUGUGCUGCACACAGUAGUUCCGUUUAUGAUAAUAUACUGCGAUAUCUCGAAUAUCGUGCCAGCUGAAACAUGA